AUGGGCGGGCUUACCGGUAGAAUUCCCUCUGUCGGCACUCCGAUAAGAGUCUUUGGCAUCCACGAGGUUUUCGCAGAUUACACGGACACCUGCUGCAUGGACACCAGCUUGCCUCUGGAGUGUGCAAGCCUUCUUCGGUUGAAGGUAGAAGACGACUUCUACCAGGUUCAGGAGGAGGUCAACGCAGGUGGCUCCGCGCAGGUGUUCAAGGCUGUGGAGCUGGCAACCAAGGCCGUGCGGGCCGUGAAGCGGAUUGCCAAGAAGAGUAGUGGAGAGAUUGCGCGCGUCAUCCAGGAGGUGGCUGUCAUGAAGACCCUGGACCACCCCAACAUUGUCAAGCUUUUCGAAACAUUCGAGGACGACGAUUACUUGUAUUUGGUUCUUGAGUACUGUGCCGGUGGCGACGUGCUCGACAACUUGCUCUUGAAUGGCAUCAUGGACGAGCUCGCGUCUGCGUUGGUGAUGCGUGGGAUGCUCUCGGCGCUGAACUACCUCAAUGCCAAUGGCUAUGUCCACCGCGACCUCAAGCCGGAGAACAUCAUGUACAAGGCCGAGAGGGCCGAGCGCAUGGUCUCACAGCUCCGUCUCGUCGACUUCGGCUACUCCUGCCGGGCCCCCGAUGAGGGAAAGGCGCUCAACACGAAAGUGGGAAGCCCGUAUUAUGUGGCUCCGGAAGUCCUCUCCGGCAGCUAUGGCCGAGAGUGCGACAUGUGGAGCCUGGGGGCUCUCUGCUUCAUGCUCAUGGCUGGCAUUCCACCCUUCUUCGGAGAGACCGAUGCCGAGACCCUUCGCCUGGUGAAAGCUGGCAGGUUCGUCUUCAACUCCGGCCAGUGGCACGGAAUUAACAAAGGCUGCAAGCACUUCAUUCGACGAUGUCUCGAGGUCGACUUCACCAAGAGGCUCACGGUUACCGAGGCUUUGGACCACCCAUGGUUGAAACACAAGUUCCGUGGGAAAGUCAUACACCUCCGGGACGAGACUGUGGAGCGCCUUGUAUCGUUCUCACAGUACCACGACCUUAGGAGGGCGGCGAUGUUAGCGGUGGCUUUUCACAUGGACGCGGAGGACCUUCACCAGCUCCGGGAGCUCUUUCGCGGGCUGGACCUCAAUGGGGAUGGACUCCUCACAACCCAGGAGUUCAGCACCGGUGUCAGAUCCUUGGGUGUGGACUCCGAGCUGCUGCAGGAGAUGAUCCGCACAUUGGAUGCGGACCAUUCCGGUGUCAUCGACUACACUGAGUUCCUGGCGGCGACGCUGGAGAAGCCCAUGUACAUCGACAACCAUGCUGUCAUGCUUCGUGCCUUCCGGAGCUUUGACCAAGACGACAGCGGAGGCCUCACGGCACAGGAGGUCGCAGAGACGAUCGACCUGGAAGAGAGCAUCGAGGAGGUGGAGCGCAUCUUCGAGGAGGUCGAUGUGAAUCGCGAUGGUGUGAUGGACUAUGGUGAGUUCUACACCAUGCUGAAGACGGAAAGGACCCGGGCCGCCGCUGGCUCCUUCUCGCAUGAGGCCCAAGGCACCGUCCUCGAAGCGCAGGACUCUGCCGUGGGCAAGGCCGUUAGCUUUGGUGCCAACGGCGAGGACAGGUCCGACGAUGGCAGCGCUCCCUGGGACGAAAACGAGGAGUCAGAGGAGGAGGAGGAUGAGGACAGAGCGGAAGGCUCUGAUCAGGAGGAGGGCAGUGAUGGCAGUGAGGCCCCUGAAAGCCAGGACGGAGGUGGCGAAUCUGACGGUGAGACACCUUUGGGCCAGGCGCUGCCGGCGAACUCCGAGGAGGACCUCCCGUUAAGGAGCCCAAGUCGGACUGAGCCGGUGACAGCCGGUGACAGCGGGUGGCACGGUGGUCGUGAAGAGAUGCGCUUCGACAUGGGAGGCCCUCCAUUGUACAUAGAGGAAACCGCCGCUCUGUGCUACACAAAGCGGCGACGACUGAUCGGACUGGUGUCGGCGAUUCAAGCCAUCAAAACCGCAAGCCCGCAGGAUGCAGCAUGCGGUGGCCGUGUUUGCCGUGCCCGGGGCCUCGGUCAGUUUGCAGUUGCCGCACCUGCGGGAUUCUUCAUGCCUCAAAACGCGAAGUACGAAGCACUGGUGGGAAGCUCCCUUGACAGCUGUCGGGAGUCACAUGGAGUACUAGUCCAACCGGUGGAGGCGGUGGUCCCAUGGGUCGACCCGAUCGAUCCCGUCAACAAGUCAAGCAUCUUCGUCUAUCUGGACCCAGUGAUGUUGGCGCACAACCAAGGGAAGGAUGCCCUGGUCUGCGCAGGGCAAUCUUGUCUCUGCCGCAUGACCGUCGAGACUGUAGGCUGGAGCCUGGAGUUGCUGCGCAAGCCCCUGGCAGGGCUGGGCGCAGCUGCGGAGAUGAGGCUAUUGAAGAUGCAAAGUUCUUGUCCAGCUGGGCUCCUGGACUGGCUUGCCGGCUCCUUUGUGCUGUUCGCCUCCCUGCUGGGAGUUCUGCUGCUCCACGCCGCCCGCAUCAUCCUCUGGGUGUUGCAGUUGGGUCAGGAGCUACGUGGAGGCGGUCAGACCGAGGAGGCUAUUAUCAUUCCCCAUGUGACGAAGGACAUGAAGGAUGGUGCGAUGCAAGUGCUGAGAUUGACUACGCUCAUGAUGUCGCUCCAGUGGACCAUCCUUGAGCGAAUCAAGAAGGAUGCCGGCAUGAAAGUUAUGUGCUUCGUGGCGCUGUGGCCCCUGGCCUUCGGUCUCUUCGGCAUCUUGAGGAGCUUGCAUUCCAUGUGCCAACGGCAGCUGGUGCAUGCAGCUCUCAUGCACGGCUGCUGCCUCACCGGAGCUGCCAGAAUUGACUCUUACGAUGCGGUGACGGGCUUGGGCAUGGUUGUCUUGGCGCUGUGUGUCGCGCUUGGGCUUGCCAGCUAUGAGCUUUACGUGGUGUGUGGCUUGGUGGUGGCUUUGUUCCUCGGACCGACUCUGAGCAUCGUGAGCGAGCUUCAGAAGGCCCGCGAAGCGGACACUGCGGUCGCCAAGAUGGAGGGCGUGUACCAGAUGCCAAAACUCCUCCGCCUGUUCCAGCUGCCGCGCAGCACCUCCGGCCAGCGAUCUGUCAAGGACAUGGAUGCCGAUGGGGCAGACUGCGCAGAUUCGGCAGCUGCGGGUGCCGCGAGCCCCGUGCCGUUGGCGGAGGAGCACCUCCUGCGUGGCGACAUGCGGAUGAUUCCCUUCAGCGCGCUGGUCUUAAAUGGCCGGGCUUCUGGAAACGUGGCACAGAUUCUGCAGGGAGCGCAGGCAGCGGAGGCGGAUGCAUGCCAGGGUGAGGUGAAGUUUAGCCUCGUGCGCGAUCUGGGCUGGUGUGGCUCCACCAUCUUCAAGUUAACAGGCUCGCGCGCAGGUUUCAUGACUUGCCCCCUGUUGCUCCUGGUGAUCCUGGCCAUGCUGGGCUCAGCAUUCUUCCAGGCCGCCCGCCUACUGUGCGAUGCCCCGGAGCUGUCUUACCUUGGCCUGGCUUUUCCCGAGGAUGGGAUCCGCUUCCGGCCUUGGGUGCACCACUACGAAGUCCGCCUGGAUGGCAGCUUUAAGCACAGCUUUGUAGUGGCAGCCGCAGAAGACUCGAACACGACCUCUCUCGCUAUCGACGGCACUACUUUGGGCAGCAAUAGCUCUGCUUUCCGGAGUGUGGACUUGCUGGGCAAGCCGCUGCCGCAUGUGGCGAAGGUGCGAAAGCAAGGGCUUCAAGCCAAGCUUGUGGAGUACAGCGUGGCUUUCACCCCUCUCACGACAGUUCCGAGCCAGAUAACCAUCCAUGGCCCCAACUUCGAGCGACAUCUGCCGUGGGGUGAGAUCGCAGGCUCUGUCAUUGCCCUGCCUCUGUCCUUGCGGAAGGAGGAGCAUCUUUCCAUCGACGUCGUUCUCACUGACUUCGAGUAUGGCAUUCCACAGCAUUGCAGUUUUGGCGGUGGCUCAAGAUGGGUCUUUGCUGCUUUCUGCGCGGAUGUUGCCUGCAACGAGACGGACGAGACGUGCUGCAAUGCUCGAUGUCAAGCUGCCCCUCACUGCCUGGCCACCAUGACCGGUCACGGAGGCUGCUUCCAAGCGCAGAGCACUGAACAGGCCCUGCUUGCCAUACACUCUGGCGAAGUGAGUCCGGUGAGGGAGCGCCGAUGGAUGCAGCGGAGCAUGAGUGGGAGAGUCUGCCGGUUGUCUGGAGACAGCACUUGCCAGGAGGUCCGCUCCAACUCUGAACACAUCCUCGAGUUCCGCGGGCUGCGGCCUGAUUGGCUUGACAAUCGCGUGGAGUUGGCAAUGUCCCUGGCCUUGGCGGAGGGAGACCAGCAGCUGUACAGCAAUGCGGAAGCCCUUCCGCUCAAGCUCGGCGCGCCGGAGGUGUUGGAGGUCCUGGUCAACCUCACAGGUACCUCCUACAACGACAGCAUCCUCUACUUUGACGCCACGGCCAGCGUUAAUGAAAAGAGUGAGGUAGUGGUAACCUUGGGGGAAUACCCACCGCAUUCUCUUAGGAACCUCACCCUCUACAUGGCGGUGCUCCUGCCUGACCCUGGCUAUGAGACCGAUUGGCAUGGCAGCGGCGCCGAGAUGGCAGAGAACGGAGAGGUGGUCUUUGCGCGUUGUGAACAAAGUCUGCUCCUGAAGCAGCGAUACGGUGUGUGCAGUGGCACGAGUGGCCGGCAGAGUGGAUGGAGGGCUCGCGUGGUCAAAGUCCAACUACACCCUUGGGGUCCUACAGAUUUCACUGCUUCCUUUCAGAUUCAGGCCCGGGGGAGUGAGCCGUGGGCAUCUAAGGCGUCCAGCACGCAGCACAGCGUCACACUCCAGCUCGACGGAGUGGACAGUGUCGGUGCCUGGGCUGUGCUGGUGGAAACAACUGCAGGACCUACAGGCCGUGUGUGCCACUUCCUGGCUGGGCCUGACGACCUUAGCACAACGAAGAUGGGGAAUGACAUCCAAGUCCAAGACAAGUCAGCUAUUGAGUGGCUUGUGGCUGAUCCGAGGGAGCAGCCGAUGCUGCUGGCUGCUGCAAAUGGCGCGGCCUGCCAGCUGGUUCGCCAAAAAUGCAGCAAGGUGUCUUCAAGUGCAUUUGGCAGUAUGAACAUCACAGAUAUGACCUGCCGGAUCGUGACGUACACCAUAGCCGCACGCUACAUGCAAUUGAGCGCAAGUCCAGAGGUGAAGUCGGCCAGGCAUUCUGGUCGCCAUGAUCAAAUCGUGGAAGCGCUUGCUGAGCGAUUCGUUUGGUCUCAGGCUUCUGCAAUCUGGCACUUGGCCCUGUGUCUCGCAGAGGAGGGCGAAGUGGGCAUCUUGACCUGUCGAGAAUGCCCAGAAAAGAGGACCCAUGAUCUUGUAUGCUGCUCACUGCCCGGUGCACCUCCUCCGGACAUCUCUCCUCAAAGGGGUCCUGGUGUUGAGCUGUCUCAGUUAUUUUAUCGGAUGUCUUGGAAAGGCUGGCCAAUGAGCGUCCGGCAACUCCUGACAAUCCUGAGCCAUCGACCGACUGUGGCAGGAGAACAUUUUGUCAACAUUUCUUGUGGCGCAUUGCGAAAGGACUCUGAAUGGGAUAAGAACAAAGAAGAAGUGGAAGAAAUCCUCUUCUCCACAGUGGUGGAACAAAAAGAUCUGCGUGUCUUGAACUGGACACUGCGAUACUGCGUUCCUGCCAUGACGCCAAGCCGUGCCAAGGAUUUGUGGGUCCUCUCAGGUCAGGGCGUCCAAGUGCUGAAGCUGGUGUGGGACGACUUCCCCCAAUACCUCAACACAUUGAUGCAGUCAGCAAUCGAUGACCUUUGCGAACCAUGCCUGAACACAUGGCGUGCCUUCGUGUCCAGCCCCGGGGAGUGCCCUCUUCCAUCGGAAGGGAGGCACUUUGCCCUGGCCUUCAGCCAGAGCGAUGUGGGUCCCAUUGGACAGGAGAGCCAGGGCCGGCAAAUCCUCGCAGGAGGGAUGACAGCAGCCGGCGACUUCCUGUCAGAAGCCGUCGCCACACCUUGCUUUGCCAAGCUCAUUACCCAUAUGUCCCUGUCGCUUCCUCCAUGGGAGGUCCGGGAGCUCCCAACAACCUUGCUCAGCUCAGUUUCCAAUCUUUUAGAAGCGGUUGCUCCGUCCCUGACUGCACUCAAGAUCGACGGCCUCCAUCUUUCCUCGAAUGCUUCUGCAACUGACGAGCUCUUCGUGCGCUUUGGCUUGCUCGGCAAGCUACGACAGAUGAGGUUGGAGGCUCACGCGAAGCCCUACGAGUCAGUUCAGCUGCCGAAAUUGAACCUGGGACAGGUGGAGUUCCUAUCUCUCAGUGUAUCAAGACUGCUCUUUCGAGAGACCGGAUCAAUGACGCAGACAGGCCCAGGCCUAGAAGCCCUUUCCAAGUGGCUGCGCCAGCUCGCAGAGGAAGAGCGACCCUGCAGGCUUCAGGGUUUCCUCUUGGAGACAUUUGACCAUUCAGAGUCUACGUUUCCUGGCUUGGUUGAAGGUCUGCAGCGUUGUCAGAAUCUCAGCUCCAUUACCUUUUGCGGAGGCAUCGGUGAAUCUGCUUUGGGACAUUUCCAGAAGGCGGUGGCUUCGUGGCCACACCUGGAAGAGUUCAUGAUUGGUUGCGAGAACCUGGUUACAGAGAAUGUGGGGGACAUCUAUAAACGGUUGCCUGAUGACUCCUGCCCGUGCAAAUCAGGCAACGCGGGUUUUGGCCGGCGCAGUGAUUGGCCUCGGCCUUGA